AUGCCUGCCGAAGACGCAAAGAGAACUACUCAAUGGUGCUUUUUUGACGUUGACGGAGUGCUAGUCCAUGAGUGCGGAGUGGCAUAUGCGGGGUACUGGCUUCAGCUAGAGGCUCUGCGCACGGGAGCAAUCCCAGACAACUAUAUUAAGUUUCUCGAAAUACCGGGUGAUGUAAAGCGCCAGAUCGACUCUCUCCGUCCCCAUGUGAAAGGCCUACACUUCCGAAGAAAGAUAGAAAAGAUACAUGCUUGUCUUGCUGAGGCAGGAGAGUCUGUAGUAGACCCCACGGUCUUGGACCCUGUGACGCUCAUCAAAGCCGUCAUGGAGGCUCAACGGGCUUAUAUUCAGCACCAUUUCCCUCCUGAAAACUACCGCGUUCCCGGCUCUGAAGACCUACUGCGGGAUCUGUCCAAGAAGUUUUUCAUCUGCACUUUGACAGCCAACGACUUUGAACAGACGUCGUGGAUUCUUCGAUACGUAGGCCUGGAUUCAUACUUUACGGAGCUUCUUUGCUAUCGGGCCGAGGCUCCUGGCCUACAGACAAAGGAAGAUCUGUUGAAAGACUUCCAAGUUCGGCAUCCAGACGUCGACUUUACACAGUGCAUCGUCCUAGGUGAUGGGGUCCCUGAUGUUCGCGCUGGGGCUGCCAUGGGAUGCUUCACUAUCGGCAUCUGUAAGGAUCCCGACGACUUUGCAAAGCUUGCAGAGGCCAAUUUACUGGUUAAUGUGGGAGACUACGCCAUCAUUCCAGCGCGCCUCCAGGCUCACAGGUUUAUUGCAGAUAGCAGUGGGCUAACCUUCACCCCUCGCCACUGCAGCAAGCCGUGCGACCCCGACGCAGACUGCACCGUGGAGUUCUCCUGCCAGCAGAAGAACGCCCCCCAAGAGCUUUCUGCAUGUGUGAUCUGGGACAUCGCCUGCAACGAGACAGAGACGCCGCUGGGGAGCGUCCGCAGAAGUCCGGAGGCAGCCCACACCUACAGGGUCCAGAUUCCCCUAGGCGGCGCCCCCCGGAGCGCAGUGACCAACGUUGGGAUGGUGGUGCUGCGCGACGGGGCCGCCGUCGUCCACAGACAGCUCUUUCGCGUGGCGUACGUCGCAGAGAGCGCGGUCGCGCUGCAGCUACUGUGA